AUGCGUUCAUCACGUAUAAAAGCACCAAUAAAUCGUUAUGAUACAAAUAUGUUAUUAAAUUUAUAUUUUUAUAUUGAUUCAACAAUUGAUGAACAAUUACCAAUUGAAGAAUUUGGUCAACGCUUAAGAUCAGUUGGAGAAAAACAUGAAAAUUUAUUACCAGAAUGGAUUGUUCAUUUAUUAUCAUCACUUUAUUGGCGUAUUAAUGGACAUUUACCACAUGCUAUUGAUUGUGGAUUAAAAGCACAUGAAAUUAUUAUUAAAAAUAAAGUUUAUAAACAAUGGAGUGAUUUAACACUUGUUAAUCUUGCAAAUAUUUUAUAUCUUUGGGGUAAAUAUGAAGAUGCACUUGAUUUGACUGAGCAAGCUUAUUCAAUAAAUUCACAUGAACCAACAACAAAUUAUUUCUUAGGAAAUUUAUUAGCAUUAACAAAAAAUAAUCAUACAGCGGCACAAGAAUAUUAUCGACGUACAUUAACAAUUGAUCCAACACAUAUAUAUGCUCGACGUCAAUUACGUCUUAGUUAUUGUUAUACAAUGUAUACAGCAUGGGAAAUAAUGAGUUGUUCACAUGAAAAAACUAAUUUUCCGAAAAAAUCAAUAUCAAUUGAAAGUAUGAAACAGAAUUUGAUGUUGUCUAAUCAAAAUUAUAAAAUACAUGAUAAAACUAUGCCUAUAGCUAACAGUGCUACAUUUGUAUCUUAUCAUUAUCAAACUACUCAAUGUCAUCAACCAAUUGUGGAUAAUCGUUCAUCGAUUAAUCGUUGGCUUAAUCGUUCAUGUUUAACAUCAUCUAUUAAACGUGAAGAAUUAUUAAAUGAUGCACGACGUGCUUAUCGUUCAUAUGGUUUAUGUUCAUCAUCAUCAUCAUCAUUAUUAAUUAAUAAUAAUAAUAAUCAUCAUCAUAUAAAUGAUGAAUGUUCACAAGGUUAUGCUGUUACAAAUUAUGGUACUGAUAUUGGACAUAUAAUUAUAAUAUAUAAUGAUUUAAAACAAACAUUUGAUUAUACAUUUCUAUUUACAAAUGAUUAUAAUAAUAUGUUUUUAACUGAAAGUAAAUUAAAAUGUAUUAUUUAUGGUACAGGUAGAAAAUCUUCGAAAUGUUAUGAUUUAAAUAUAAUUGAUCCAAAUGAAUUAAAUCCAAAACAUAAUAUGACAUGGUGGCGUGAUCCAUCAACAUUAUAUGAACAUUUAAAAGAACUUAUUGAAAUAAUGAAUUAUGAAUUUGAAUUAAAUAAUAAUACAAAAUUAUUAAAUUAUAAUAAUAAUAAUAAUAAUAUUUAUGAAAAAUAUUUUUCUGAUUAUUAUAUUUUAUCAAAAGAAAUACAAGAAAAAUAUUUAUUAAAUAAUUAUAUUAAUAUUGAUAAGAAUGAUUGUUUAAAUAAAUCAACAAUAACAUAUACACCUUAUUUAUCAACAUGGAUAUCACCACAAACAAAAAAUAUUUAUUUAAAUUAUACUUUUUUUAAACAAGUAAAAAAAGAUAAUUUUGAUUUAAAACAACCUGUUUGUUUAUAUCCAUUUAUUGAACAAAUAAAUACAACGAAAAAUAUUCAAAUAAUUGAUUAUAUUAUUAAAAAAGCAAAUGAAAAUUUAACAUUAUAUCAACCUGAAACAAUAUUAAGACCUAUUUUAUUAAAUUUGCUUUUUGAAAAAAAUCCAACAACUAUGAAUAAAGGAGGUAAAAUUUUUAUAGAAUAG